CUGAAAGUGAAGUGUCUCCAGUCUCCGUGUGAGUCUUGUCCAUUUCGUGGAUCUUUGUCCAACAUUUUCUGUCUGAUGGACAAUAAAGAGGAAACACGCACCUGCAGAAAAUGCCACAGAGAGAUUGCAGAGGCAAACUUUGCUCUGCAUGAAACCCACUGCAGUCGCUUCUUGUGUCUCUGUCCUGACUGUGAUGAAGCUGUUCCCACAGAGCAACUGAGUCAACACAGGGAGGAGCAGCACACUCAGGUGAGAUGUUCCAUGUGUCACCAGAAGAUGGAGCGUUGUCAGUUAAAGGAUCAUGAGGCUGACGAGUGUGUGGAGCGCCUGCACGCGUGUCACUUCUGUGACCUGGAGCUGCCGUGGAAGGAGCUGGACCAACACUGUGUGGCCUGCGGGAGUCGCACGGAGCUCUGCAGAGACUGCGGCCGCUACGUCAAACUGAGCGACCUGCCGUCGCACGCCUCCACCUGCUCGGCCGCCGACAACGACUCAACUCCUCCUCAAACUACCAGCACUACACCAAACAAGACAACAGGCACAGUUAACUGCAGCAAAUGCACAUCAUCAUUUCCAGCUGAAGAUGCAGACAAACAUGAGUGUGUCUCAGUGGACGAUGAUUCAGAGGAGGAUGAGGAGGAUGAGGAGGAUGAGUUCCCCAGGGAGGUGAGUCUUCCUCAGCUCAGCAGCAUCUACAGGGCAGCCUCUCUGUCAGACAGAACCUACACUGGUCCCUGGAGAGAUGAAGACGAUCCAGACCAGAUCAGCUCGUGUCCUCACUGUCACCUGGCCCUGCCCCUUUUCAGUCUGCGUCGGCAUGAGGCAAAGUGCAAAAUCUACAUUUACCGGAAAUAAAAAGGAAAAGCACGGCCGUGCUUCUUCACUGAACUUUGAUCAGUAUGUUAUUUGAGUUAAAGGUUGUUAAAAUGUACCUUUAAUUAUAGGCCGACAUUAGAUGUGUGUUAUAAUGUUCAGUCAGCUCAGUGGCUCAGUACAGUCCACUCUAUUUUAGACACUCUUCAUAACUGUGGGGUUUGUGCAGGAGACUCUGAUGAUCUUUUAAACCUGCUAUGACUUUUCUAAGACUUUCCAGUAACCAUGGCAACAUAAAUCACGAAAAACUGCGAAAACUUUCCCUAUUAAAAUGAAUGGGAAACAGUCGAAAGAAGGAGAAAACCAAGAAAACCAAGAAAACCAAGCCCACUUUGGAGCAUCACAGUGUCGUCAGACUUUAACGUAGAAACGUGGUUGGAACUUUAAACGAGUCACAAGACUUGUAACUUUUCUGACCUCAGUCAACGUUUUGAUACAUAUUACGGUUUUUAUACAAUCACAGUUUAAAGUUUUGUACUUUUUUUGGAGGUAUUCUGAUUUUAUAAUGAUUGUGUAUUGCGUCCGUGGGCGGGAGAUCCAGCAAAAUAACAACAAAAAAUCACUAAACAAACUCUUCUCCUGCCCACAUUUUCCAACCUACACAGACAAUUUUUACAUCAAAAUGUUGCCAUGGUUGUCGUCUAACCCUGUGUGUGUUUUCAUGUUCAUAUGACUUGUAGUUUCUCUUUAAAUCACCUAGAAGCGCAGAGAGUUCUGGUCAAAGCGCUCAUUCACUCCCAUGUUAAAAAGUGACACAUACUGAGCUGCUUAAGUCUAUGGUACCUUGAGAGUUAGUAAACAGCUCAGUCUCCAGCACCAAAUACAAUGAAAACAAAGUGGUUUUAAGUCAAACAGACACACUCACUAACUUUGUGUCACUUAAGUAAAUCUGAGCAAAGAGUUUCAAACACAAAACCCACAAAAUAUUGAAUUGACUGAUCAGUCAGAGGCAGCAGUGGAUCAACAUCUCCUGUAAAAUCAGUGAUUUUCUCGACAGACUUUGGUGUGGAGGAGAGAGAAGUUUACAACAGAAACUUUCCACAGCAAAAAUGCUUUAUUGCUGUGAAGCAGAGGAAGUCGAUUCAAAUAUAAUUAUUAGGAUAAUGACAGUUUCAAGUGUCGGUUGUUGUCUUGUGGGUUUUGUCGCACAUACACAAACUAAUACACAACCUGUGAGAAAAGGAGACAAAAUGUCUUGUUUUGACAAUUAGUUUUUAUUAUGAAUGUACACCAGUGUGUUUUCAUUCAGUUUGACUCAGUGAUGCAAAUAUUGUUUUCUAAAUCUGUUCAUUUUCCCGCAGCUUUGCACACUUUUGAAUUACUUUUCUGUGACCAUCAGAUUGUCUGUUUUGAAUAUCUAUAUAUAUCUAUAUAUAUAUGUAUAUGUGUGUGUGUUUAUAUACAUAUAUGUACACAUAUGUAUAGAUAGUAUGAUUUAUGAAAUACAUAUCGUUGAUGUUUUUGAUGCUGAAGUAAUUGUAUUGCAAGAAUUAAUAAAGGAUUCUUUUAUAAA